AUGAUGAAUUCGUUAACGGCAACAGCGCCUAUUCGAAUUGCCUCAUUCCCCAAGCCAUACCUUCGUCUUGCUGUCCGGAGCUAUACAAAUGCUGCCGCCACAACGGGGUUACGAUAUGCUCCAUUGGCAGCCAAAAAGGCCCAGCAACAGACACACGGAAAGAAAGGCAUCUCGUCCACACCAUACAAGACCCAGGAGUAUUUUCCUCCACCAAAGGCAUCUCAUAUUCAGGAGGUAGAUUCCUCAUGGUCGCACCCAGUAUACACGUAUGACCAGAUGAACAAGGUUACCGUUGCCCAUCGGGAAGCCAAAGACUGGGCCGAUUGGGUGGCGCUCGGAACCGUCCGUCUCCUGCGAUGGGGAAUGGACUUGGUAACUGGAUAUCGGCAUCCCGGGCUGGGCGAAGAGAACCUCCCCAAAUUCAAAAUGACUGAGAGAAAGUGGCUCACGCGGUUUGUCUUCCUGGAAAGUGUUGCUGGUGUUCCGGGAAUGGUGGGAGGCAUGUUGAGACACUUGAGGAGUCUGCGACGCAUGAAGAGAGAUAACGGAUGGAUCGAAACCCUGCUCGAAGAAGCACACAAUGAACGGAUGCACCUUCUCACAUUCCUGAAACUCGCGGAACCCGGCAUGUUCAUGCGCCUGAUGGUCCUCGGCGCCCAAGGCGUCUUCUUCAACGGGUUCUUCAUCUCCUACCUCAUCUCCCCACGCAUCUGCCACCGAUUCGUCGGCUACCUCGAAGAAGAAGCCGUCGUCACAUACUCCCGAGCCGUUAAAGAGAUCGAGACGGGAGCACUUCCGGAUUGGGCGCAGAUGGAGGCACCCGAAAUUGCGGUCCAAUAUUGGAAAAUGCCCGAGGGCCACCGCACCAUGCGGGACCUGUUACUGUAUGUGCGGGCCGACGAGGCCAAGCACAGGGAGGUGAACCAUACACUGGGGAACCUCAACCAGGGAGCGGAUCCGAACCCGUACACGUCGACGUAUAAGGAUCCCAGCAAAGCGCAUCCGAGCAAAGGGAUUGAUAAGUUGAAGCCGACCGGAUGGGAGAGAGAGGAGGUUAUUUAG